AGAAAAUUUUACUCUAGGGCUUUUCUCGUUUGGAAUGCAUUAUCCCUUCAUGGUGCAAUUACGGUGGGAGGGAAGAGGUUCCCUGCCAUUGUAUUAGGAUUCAAGAACAGUCAAUCCAGAGAGGAGUGGCUAUUGGUGGUUUUGUAUUGGUUAUUCUGGAGUUGGUGUCCUUUUGGGACCGAAGUGUUCAUAUUUACAAGAUAUUUGAUUCAGAGCAGAUUUCAAUAUGAGUCCAGACAACAGCAGGAGUCCUCUACGAGCAAGGCGGUUCCGUAGUACUGGGCAUUCAUCUUAUCGGGAUGCUCCAUACCAAAAGGAUCGCCGUACUUACCGGCUUGAUUAUCUGUGCAAGAACUGCAAGCGACCUGGGCAUUAUGCCAGAGACUGUCCAAAUGUGGCUGUUUGCAACAACUGUGGACUUCCUGGUCACAUUGCCGCAGAAUGUACUGCAAAAACUAUGUGCUGGAACUGCAAGGAACCAGGGCAUGUUGCAAGCGAAUGCGACAAUGAGCCUAUUUGCCAUGUUUGUGGGAAAGUGGGACACCUGGCCCGUGAAUGCUCAGGCUCUGGACUACCACCAUAUGACCUAAGGCUUUGCAACAACUGCUACAAGCCAGGUCACAUUGCUGUUGACUGCACCAAUGAGAAGGCAUGCAAUAACUGUCGCAAUGCUGGUCAUCUGGCUCGUGAUUGCCCUAAUGAGCCUGUCUGCAAUGUUUGCAAUGUUUCAGGUCAUUUGGCUCGCCAAUGCCCCAAGAUGGGUCUUCCGUCGGAGAUAGUUGGUGGCCCCUUUCGUGACAUUGUCUGCCGCAACUGUGGUCAGUCAGGGCACAUAAGCCGUGACUGCGUAGCAAUAGUGAUCUGCAACAACUGUGGUGGUAGGGGCCAUCAUGCUUUCGAAUGCCCCUCAGGUCGGAUGCUUGACCGUGGACUCUGGAGGUACUGACAUGGGUUUGAAGCAGUUGGUUGAUGGAAUUUAUUUAUUAAUGGUUUUUGAAUCUUAUUAUUCUGAUUUUUAAGUUGAUUGAUUUUGAAGGAGAUGGUUAUUUCGUAAUUUUUUCCCCUUCAUUUUCUUCUAC